AAAGAAAAAGAAAAAAAUACUGGCCAGGGCUUGAGUGCAAAGUCUGGGCAGGAAAGAGUUGUCUGAGGGGGGCAGUAGCAGUUGGGAUCGGGUAGAUGGAGACGGGGUGGAGAGAAAGGCAGGGAGAAGCAAAGGCUAAGUAAGGCUGGAUGCGGGGGAGUGGGCAGGGCAGGGCCAAAGCCCCAGAGGCAGCCUGAUCCUAGAGACAGAUGGCAUGGAGGGGCUGGAGGGUUGACUAUCAAGAUCCUGUUCCCUUGGCACCAGGAGGCUGACUCAGCCCAGGCCGCUGACUUUGCCGCCAACUCUCUCCCAGGACACAAGUACACCGAGUAGAGAAAAACCCAAUUAAUUAAAUGGAAAGCUUGUUUUGAGGAGUACUGGGCCAGCAUUUUGUAGAAUGUCUCUCAGUUGGAACUUUUCCGAUGUUUUUCUCGUGAUUAGGCUGGAAUUCUUCAGAGGUAAAAUGUCAUUCUCAUCACAUCACAUCAAGGGUACAUACUAUCAACUUGACUUAUCAAUGUUGAUCUUAAUCUUGAUCACCUGCUUGAGGGAGAGUUUGUCAGGAUUCUCCACUGUAAAGUUACUUUUUUCCCCACCCUUUUCAGACUGUCCUCUUUGCAAGGAAAUCACUAUGCACAGCCCACAAGAGUGCUGGUUUACACUCCUCCUUGAGCGUGGAGUAUCUACAUACAUUAUUUGGAAUUCUUCACAGGAGAUUUGGCUAUUAUCCCCCAUUUAUUUAUGUAUUCAAUCAUUUAUAUCAGAAUAGACUUGCAGCUAUUUAUUUUAUACUUUGGGUUAUAAUCCAAUACUGGUUUAUUUUGUUGCUCCAACUGUCCCAGAUUUGGCCUUUGGAAGCUCUUUCAGUUGGCCCCUGUGUCCUCUAACUUAUCUCCACCUUCCUGUUGUUUUGUUUGUUUGUUUAGCACUUCCUUACUUUCUGUGCUACAAAAUGUUCCAGGCUCAUCUUGUAUAUUUCCUACUCCAAUCCUAAAAUCAAUCAUUUCUCCAAGGAGAAAGUCAAGGCGACGUUUUAGUCUUAGCAAAUGUGUAUCUGACUGGAAGUUGGGACAGAUAAUCCAUCAGGUGGGCAGGAAUAAGACUCAAGCCACCCUCGGGAGGGGACUCUCCCAGCAGCAGCAGCCAGAAUUACAAGCCCUUAGCUGAGAAAUAGAUGACUCACCAGCUCCCCAGGUUGUCUCCUCCCUCCCCCUCUUGCUGACAAGACUGUCCCUAAACCAGCUCCGACAGAGCGACCUAGGUUAGAAAGUGUCCCCACCCAAGGGGCCAGCGAAGAAUGGCCUGUUGCAGGCCAAGUUAGGGCUUUAACCAUGGCCAGCUGAUACCUCCCCCAUUUGUGUAUUUGUGUAUUAUUUAUAUCCCUUCUACCUGCAGAAAGAAUUAAACAGGAUUACCCUCAAAUUUCAGCUACAAUAAAACUAUUAAAGCUUGUGUAAAAGGACAAGAGUGCUGUGAAGAAGAGCAUUUGUGUGUGUGUGUUGUGUUGGGUGUGUAUGUGUGUGUGUGUUAAUUUUGUCCCAGACACCUGGGCUGAGGCAACUUCCCUAGGUUCCCUGAAUAACAGAUUGCUAGCACCAGAAGGACUUUAAGAAAUAAAUAUGCUUCACCUGGCAUUUUAUAGCUGAGAUGGAGCAAGUGAUUUCUCAGGAAUCACACAGCUAAUGAACUGAAGAACUAGGAAUACUGGGACACGUCUCUUGAUGUCUAGGUCUUUUCAAAUCCCCAUUCUUGCCUCCCUUUCCAGGAGAGCAAAAAGAAUAGCUUUUAGACCUCCUGGGUGAUACAAUGGCAAGACAACACUUUGAGGCUUCUUUCACUUGCUAGAUGAAUAAACUUAUGUGGAUGUGUCUGAGAAGUCAUUGGGGGCUAUAAUUAGGGGUUAUUAGCAUCCCCAGACACUCAGACAUAGGGAAUGUAGGAUGCAGACAUUGGGAUGCAGAAGUGGAUACUGGGGAUCCUGCCAUUUCCCCACAGUCAAGCUUUAAAUGGUUAAAUCAGCAAUGUUCUAGUUGUCCUCAACUUUUGACCAACAGUGGGGGAAAAAAAGAAAAAUAAAUAAAAACCAGGGGUCCUGAGACUUUUUUCAAGAGAUUUAGAGAUUUUGACUUAGGGAUUUUUAUCCUACCAACUGUUUGAAAAAUUGGAUCAUAUCUUUUCUUUAAUAUUCACUGCCCUAUCUGCCUCCCAACACUCUCCCUUCAACGACUCAUGAAUGAGGUGUUUUCAGUGAUCUUUGUGUAGGCUGAGAUCUUUGUACAGGCUUGGAAUUCAGAGAAAGGAUUCUGGGCCUGGUGUCACUUGGUGUGGCUGCAAUAAAGAGAUGAAAUUAGCAUCAGGCUAUUUUUCACUUGCUCUCUUGGUGACCUUCUUAGGGCUACCUGGGAUAUCAUGUCUCUGUCUGUAAACUCCUUCUAAGGCAAGGACAGUGGGCGGCCCAGAACAGCAUCAGAAAAUAGAUACCUAGAUCUGCCUCAUUUGGGCGAGUCUUUGUCCUCGUACCUGUGUGAUUCUCCGAGCGUCAGUUUUCGGCCUGCCUCUCUUCCUCCGGGUGUGACAGAUUGCCUGACCUCUUGCGGUGCGCUGCAGAGGGAGGUCCCGGAGGAGGCCUGGAGGGUGGGCGGGGCCCGAGGCCGCACAAGACAUGCAGAUGAGGUAGGCGGGGCCCCCACAUAUACCCGUGGGUAGCUGCUGGCGGUUGAGCCGGGUCUCGGCAGAUUUCAGUCAGAGGCAGCCUACGGACGCUGCUUCACCGAGCACAGCGGAGCCUGGUCCCCGGCUGUCCCCGGAGCGGGCCAUGCCCCCGCGGGAGCUAAGCGAGGCCGAGUCGUCCCCGCUCCGGGCCCCGACCCCUCCCUCGCGGCGGGGCAGCGCGUCCCCAGAGCUGGGCAUCAAGUGCGUGCUGGUGGGCGACGGCGCCGUGGGCAAGAGCAGCCUUAUUGUCAGCUACACCUGCAAUGGGUACCCCGCGCGCUACCGGCCCACAGCGCUGGACACCUUCUCCGUGCAAGUCCUGAUUGAUGGAGCCCCGGUGCGCAUUGAGCUCUGGGACACAGCGGGACAGGAAGACUUUGAUCGCCUUCGCUCCCUCUGCUACCCGGAUACGGAUGUCUUCCUGGUCUGCUUCAGCGUGGUGCAGCCCAGCUCCUUCCAAAACAUCACAGAGAAAUGGCUGCCAGAGAUCCGCACUCACAACCCCCAGGCGCCCGUGCUGCUGGUGGGCACCCAGGCCGACCUGAGGGACGAUGUCAAUGUACUGAUUCAGCUGGACCAGGGAGGCCGGAAAGGCCCCGUGCCUCAACCCCAGGCUCAGGGCCUGGCUGAGAAGAUCCGGGCCUGCUGCUACCUGGAGUGCUCUGCCUUGACGCAGAAGAACUUGAAGGAGGUGUUUGACUCGGCCAUUCUCAGUGCCAUUGAGCACAAAGCCCGGCUGGAGAAGAAACUGAACGCCAAAGGUGUGCGCACCCUCUCCCGCUGCCGCUGGAAGAAGUUCUUCUGCUUUGUUUGAAGAGCUGUGGCAGCAAAAUGAUCAGUAGGCCAAUGGCCACAGACUUCUAGAACCUGGGGCACGGAGCCUUUGAGGGACCUGCUGGCAGGGCCAGGCCACCUCCAUGGGACUCAGUUCCCAUCUGAACACUGUGGCGACACAGCCUCCAACUGCCCACUCUUAUGUGCCAGGGUGAACCUAGGGCCUGGAGGAGGGAUGGCUCUGACUUGGAUUUCUGUGGAUUUCUCUGACUUGGAUUUCUCAAGUACAGAGAAAUCCCAGUACUUUGAUUUUCAUGGGAUGAUCCUAACAGUGUCAGCUGCCUCCAAGCAGUUUGGGAUCCAAUACCCAGUUUCUUAUCAUGGGCCCUCAGGUCAAUCUGGCUGAAUUAGGACCCCUCCUGGUGGUCCCCACCCGCUCCUUGGCACAGGGGUGAGGAAGAGCCUGGGGAACAGCUGGGCAUCUUGGAGGGCUGGAAGGCAUCCGGCCCUGAAUUGGAGAGAAGUUUAGGAUGGAUCGGGUAAGACAGAGGUCAGUGAGAGAUUGAGAGGGAUCCGAAAGUAAAGGCUUGGAGCCUUGGGACUGGAGGCAUGCUGGGGAGGAGGAGGCAGACGAGAGGGCUAGGCUUGGAAGGAAGAAGAGAAAGAAGGAGAGCAGAGAAGUGGGGCAGCUGAGGAGCAAGGCUGCCACCUGGGCUGUCCUCAACCCCCAGGGCCAGGGAGGGUAGGGCUGGUCCCUGGGAAGAACUGGGUCUCAGUGCUCCCUAGGCACUGCCCAAACUGGCUAGGCCAGGAGUGGGGCAGGAAGUGAGAGACAAGGCCCAGCAAGAGGAGGGGGAGGAGCUGCAAAUUGGAGCCUGAAGGAAGAAGGGGCUUUCUCCAAGGUCACAACCUAGAAGAUAAGGCAGUGCGGA